AUGUAUGCCUUUGACACAGGCUACAGCGGCCUCGCAUACAACAUCUACUUUAGUUAUGGGACGAGGGUACACUUAUGUCUUGGUUCUCAAGGGACUCCACUGGCGAAAAGCUCUAGCAGCUGGCUGGUGGGUGACAAAUGCACCUAUGCGGAUCUGGCAUUUGUCACAUGGGACACGGUGAUCUUGCAAACCAUGAAGACUUGGGUUGGCGAGGAGGGCGGUUUCACAUUGGACAGGUUCCCUCAUUUCAGGAAAUGGCAUCAGCAGAUGAUGGCUCGUCCAGCGGUGGCUAAAGUGAUUGAGAUGCGAAGAAAAGAAACGGAGAAGUAUAUCCAAGCUGAUUUGGAAGAGGCUCAAAGGCAAACUGGGCGCAAGGAAUUGACCAACAGUGAGAAGGUCGCGGAUUUUUAG